UGCCCUAACAACAGGAGGCAUAGAGAGAGGGAGCACUCCUCUUAUCUGUGUCGUCGCCUCGUCGGUUCCUUCGCCACUCGCAAGUCGCAACCAAACCCUCGCAUACAGCCGCAGCGCCAAAUCUCGCCGCCUCCGGGGCUACAAGCGCGCCGCCGCCGCCUCCGCUGACGGGGACCACGGAAGGACGCGCCGACACCGGAUCUCCGAACGCACGCCACUGAACUGACGCGGGACUUGGUUUGGGUGCUCGAUUGCGCCUCCCGGAAGAGGGAGAGCCCCCGCCGGAUUUAACCAGACACACCGAACGCGCAGCUCCUCCGCGCCGGGGGCCGCAGAGAAUUCAUGCUGCCGAGGUCCCGCAUUCGGGGCCGUGACCCGCCGCCGUCGGGAGGACGCUACCGCCGCCGAUCUCCGGCCCCGCCGUCACCGCGCCACCAGCGCCGCCCGCGUGACCCGCCCUAUCCCCAGCCGAAGAGGCGCAGCUCCGAGCUGCCGCCGCCGCGGCGAUACGACGAGAAUCCCCUCCCCAGCGGCUUCGCCGCCGCUGCCGAGAGGCGUUCGCGCGGCGACAUCCUGCUCGAGGCCGGCCGCCUGGCCGCUCACUACUUGGUCGCCGAAGGCCUCCUCCCCGAGCACGUUCUCCUGUCAAGGGAGGACCCAAAUCACAAUCACAGUUACCGCCCCGAGCCUCCCGUUCCCGUUCCUGCCCCGGUUCCCGCUCCCGCUCCCUCCAGCUAUGGGAGGAAGAGAGACGAGGACGACGGCCCCAGGUGGCGGCGGAGUGGAAGUGGAGCCGGGGACCUGGACCGUGGCUCAAAGUGGGACGACAACAGGGAAGCCAAGAGGUCGGGGUGGGACAGGAGGAGCCACAGCUUUGACGAGAGGCGUAAAUACAACGAUGGCGGUGACGUUGACCGGGGUGGCCGCCGGACACGCGACUACAAUGAGCUGAAGAGACCACCAAUGUCAAGGUCCUAUUCGCAUAACGAUCGCCGGGCUUUGGCUGAUGGCACAGUUGAUCGGAGGAGGAGAAGUAGAAGCAGGAGCAGGACGAGGGGCUACUACACUGGCAGCAGGAGAGAUCCAGAUCUGCGAGCAGGCACUCGAGAUUUGGAUCGCACCAAGGUGACAGACUCUGGCGCUGUUCCUGCUGCUGGUGGUGAUGGAGGCAUGCACAAUGUGGAUGCCAACGAAAUACCAAGGCAGCCGAAGGUGCCUGGUUCAGUGGUGGUUUCGGAGACGGAUGACAGCGCUGUUGAAGCUGUGGCUAUCGAAGAUAAGCAAAUGGAGUCAGAUACCGCUGGACUGGACCAUGCUCAAGACAUGUCUGAAGGCGAGGACAGUGAGUUUGCCGAAGACAUUUCUGAAGACGAGGAUGGUGAGUUUGCAGGCUCUGACUUGAAUGAUGAAGAUGGUGAUGAAAUGGAUAACACCCAGAGCCAACUGUCCGAUGUGCAUGUUCAUACAUCUGAAUCUGUUGAGGAACUUGAUCUUAGACAGUCUCAGCUCAGCAAUGCUGAGGAGGGAAUGGAAACAUGCAUUGCACACGUCUAUGCAUGCAUGGUAGAGCCAUUGGCAGAGAACAAUGUUUGCUCUGAAACAAGGUAUGAAAUGGAGGAACCACAAAAUGGAUCUGAAACUGCUGUUGGUGAUCUUUAUAGUGAUGAACAAGAGCAACCAUUGACAGAGUAUAAUGGUUGCUCUGAAGUAAAGUGUGAGAUGGAGGCUGCACGGAGUGAAUUUGAAACUGGUGUUGAUAAUCUUGAUAGAGAUGAACAAGAGCGACUAUUGGCAGAGAACAAUAGUUGCUCUGAAGUAAGGUAUGGCAUGGAGGCUCCACAAUGUGAGGUUGAAACUGGUGUUGGUGGUCUUAAUAGAGAUGACAAAGAGCAACCAUUGGUGGUGACCAAUGAUUACUCUGAAUUAAGGUAUGAAACAACAGCUUCACAAACUGAAGUUGAAACCGUCGUCGGUGAUCUCAGUAGGGAUGAACAAGAGCUGCCAGCUUGGUACAAAAUUUUUGAUCUCAACGUCAUUGAAACUCCAGUGGGUUGUGAGUUCUCCGAGAUUUCUCGCAGUCCUCCAGCAGAUGAUCUUUGUGAUUCUGUGCCUGAUUUAAUUGGUCUGGUGAAUCAACAAGAAAACAAUGACACUUCAGAAAUUCAUGGUCAAGAUGAUCGUGCAGGGGCCAAUCAAAUGUUGGAGGAUGAGUCUAAUUUGGAUAACUAUGAUCUGAACAAUGAGGCUGAUGAACAUGCACGGGAUGAUACUUCAGUAAAUCAAGUUCAAGACGAGAAUGCAGAGGAUAAUCACCUACCAGAGGAUGGGCAUGGUUUGAUGAAGUAUGAUAUGAACAUUGAGGCUGGUGAGCCUGCACAUGAUAAUCACCAAAUGAACAAUGCGGAAAUACAUCUAAAUCAUAGUAUGGUUGCACAUAUUUCAGAUAAUUGCCAUAUGAACAAUGAGAAAAUGCUUCUAAAGCAAAAUGUGGACGAGCAACAGAUGGAGAAUGAGCAGAUGCUUAUAGAUCAGGUCACUACUGUUCAUGUUUUGGAUAGUCACCAUGUGAAUCAUGAACAAUUGCUGCUAGGUCAUAGUGUGGAUGAUCAUGACCAAAUGGAGCCAAAUCCCAUGGCUUUGGGUGUUCAUAAUUUGGAUAACUACUAUCUGAGCAGCAAGCAAGUACUCCUGAAUAAUGAUGCAGACCAACAUGCAGGAGAUAUACACCAUUUGAAGGAUGGGCAAAUUAUUUUAGAUGAGGCUGCAGAUGGACAAGCUAGAGUUAAUGGGCAAACAAUUCAUGUAAUUGAUCUGGAAGAAGAUUAUGCACAGCAGUCUGAGAGCAGGAAUACAGGAGAAUAUCUAGAAUCCACAAGUGGCACCUCGCAUAAAUACACGGAUAAUGUUCUUCAAGAGCAUAUGUGUUCUCAAGACUAGCAAACCUCAACUUUUCGUGACAAUCUUCAGACUAACACACAAGCAGCUUCUUCAACUGCCACACCAGAUUUUUGAAACUGGUGUAGUGAAAAGGUAGCUGUGAAUGCAGAUGCACAGGUGAUUCCCAUUUCUCAGUGAUGACGAUGUCCUGUACUCCUGUAUUAUAUUUGGAUUCAACAAUAUGCCAUUAGAAGUUAUGGAUGUCUAUGACCUGCCGUCCUCUGAGCUUGGGAGAUCCUUUGCUGAACUCGUCAGGCAGAGGCUGUUGCUUGCACGGGAGUACCAGUAUCCAUGUCCACUUCAAUCGACUCUAGUCUAACUGAAGCGUGCCGUACACAUCUGCAGUAACUCCUAAGGUAUUCGUGGUUAUCAGCUUCUUUAAAGCUUUUGGACACGAGCUUUAGGAUCUUCCAAACGACAAAAAAAAAAAACUUCCAUGGGCCAAAAGAAAAAAACCAAAAACUUUGUCCCCAAAUAAAGGUCGUUAUUAUCAGCUUCUUUAAACCUUUUGAACAUCAGCUUUGGGAGUUGGGACCCUCCAGAAGACUAAAAACUUUGUCCCAAAAUAGGUGGAUUUUGCCUAUGGAAUCUGUCGUUGCAGUUGACAUCACAGGGAA